AUGAUUUUAAUUUCUCUCAUCAUUGCCCUAGUUGGGCUGAUUGGAAAUGCCACAGUGUUGUGGCUCCUCGGCUUCCAGAUAUCCAGGAAUGCCUUCUCUGUCUACAUCCUCAACCUGGCUGGUGCUGACUUUGUCUUCACGUGCUUUCAAAUUGGAUAUUGUUUUUACAUUAUCUUGGAAGUCCCCACAGAAUUUCCUUCAUUUGCCAUUGUUGUGUUAAACUUUGUUUAUCUUUGUGGCCUGAACAUCCUCAGUGCCAUUAGCAUUGAACGCUGCCUGUCUGUCAAGUGGCCCAUCUGGUAUCGAUGCCAACGCCCAAGGCACACAUCAGCUGUCAUAUGUACCCUGCUUUGGGUCCUGUCCCUAGUGUUGAGUCUUGUGGAAGGAAAAGAAUGUGGCUUCCUAGCUGAUAUCAGUAGUCCUCGUUGGUGUAAGACAUUUGAUUUAAUCACUACUGCAUGGUUAAUUGUUUUAUUUGUGGUUCUCUUGGGGUCCAGUCUAGCCUCGGUGAUUACUAUCUUCUGUGGCUUUCACAAGAUUCCUGUGACCAGGUUGUAUGUGACCAUUGUAUUCACAGUGCUGGUCUUCCUGUUCUUUGGUCUACCCUAUGGAAUCUUCUGGUUCCUCUUAGUGUGGAUUGGGAAACUUUAUUAUGUUUCACAUUGUGGUUUUCAUCCAGUGGCAAUAUUUCUAUCCUGUGUUAACAGUUGUGCCAAUCCCAUCAUUUACUUCCUUGUCGGCUCCACUAGGCGUCAUCGAUUCCAAAGGAAGACUCUCAAGAUACUUCUGCAGAGAGCCAUGCAAGACACUCCUGAUGAGGAAGAAUGUGGAGACACAGGUUCAUCAGGAAGAUCUACAGAACUAAAAAAGGUCUGA